CAAUCAGCCAUCUAGCAACAACCGCUUUCGCGAUGGAAACAGCGCGAUUUCACACGAAUGACUCUGAUCUUCUGAUCCUAGGACUCUAUGGUGUCUUUCUAGGCUAUCAAUUGUGCAACAAGACCCGCUCGUAUCGACCCCGGCAUCCAGCCCUCUUAUGGCAUGUUCUCGCAGGCCUCAUUGAGCUGGUGCUCUACUACCGCAACCCGCGGUGUGGUAGAGGAGCGGUAAUCGCAUGCUGGGUGCACUCCUUUACCUCUCUGGCUUUGGUGAAAGGGCUUCCUAAUGGCUAUCCCCCCCACACCCGACCCGUAUACCAGGCCGGUUCCCUCAUGAGGUCGGCGUUGGUACUGCACGCCUACAUCACCCAG